GCCGUAGCCACACCUGCAGAUGUCUAGGAACGUGGUGCGCGACACCCGUGCUUAGCGUCCAAAUUAGACCCUUCAAGCUAUAUAACAUUCCCUGGAUCUCCUCGAUGAUUUUCCUUCCAGAAGCAUUCCAUUGUUCUAGCCUACCAGCACAUCAUUGUUCCACCGCCGAAACGAAUCAUUAAUCUCUGGUCCCCUCCACUCUUUUCCAUCAGCAACAAUGUCAAUGGACUCUUACAAUCCGGAUAUGGAGAUCGAUUCAAUUGAGAUCCAGCAGCCACCAGUUCGCCCCGCUCCGUCGCGGAGAAACGCGGAUAAGCCACCCAAGCUAAGGUCGAGCUGCGAUAUCUGUGCAUCUGCGAAGGUCAAAUGCGAUCGAGAACGACCCUGCUGCCAAAGAUGUAUCAACUCGGGCAUGAGGUGCAAUUACAGUGUCUCGAGGAGGAUGGGAAAGCCACCACGAAAGGACGCCAACGGAAACCCGCUCCCCAAGAAAUCAGACCUCAAGAAGGAGGAGCGAAGGACCAGCGCCUUAUCUACUCCCGAGCGCGAUUCAAAUAACCAGAACAUUUUCGACGAGCAAUUUGCUGCUGGCAUUCCGGAUCCUCUCAACGACCUCGGCUUCGAACAUUCCCUCCUGAAUUUUGAGCAAUCCCCCACCCUACCGUGGCACGACCUGAACUUCAUGUCCGACCCAAACAACUUUCCAUCAGGCGAUGCGUUCCUUUCCACUUCCGCUUUGAUGGCCUUGGAGAAUUCAGUCAACUUUAUGGACAACUGGGGUUCAGUAGAGCAAGGCGACGACCUCAGCCGUGUAACCUCCAACUCCUCGGAACCCUUCAGCACCCAACCAACCGAGGCAUCACCCACUCCUUCUCCACGUCUUCCACAGCCUCAGCACCCUCAUCGCCCUGGCCAUAGCAGAAAAGAGUCAUGCCACAAUCUCGCCUCCGCCACGCUGCAAAACCUCCAUCUUCCUCAGAACUUCUGCCAAUCGAAUCCGACCAGUGCUCCCGGCGGUCUCGCACCUACGUCAUCCAUCGAUCAGGUCUUGGCUACCAACCGCAGGGCUAUUCAAACCUUCCACCAGCUGCUUCAAUGCCCUUGCUCCAGCAACUCCGGCAUGGUACUUGGCCUCUCGCUUAUUAUCCUGAAGAUCCUAUCCUGCUACUCAGCCAUUGGCCGCAGCACAUCUACACGAACGGGUACCGCGGGCUCAGUCACUUCGGAGUACACCUCCGGCACAAGCACUCCUUGGGAAGAUCGCGAAAUGGUCAUGGACAUUCCUAUCUCUAUGGGCGCUUAUCAGAUCGACGCCGAGGACGAAAUGCACUUGAAGCUGCAGCUAGUUAUCAAUGAGCUGCGGAAGGUUUCGAAGCUCAUUGACUCCUUCCAGGGACGCUACUGCCGAGGCGCACCGGGCGGAGAUGGGAUCUACGGUGCCCUGGAGAAGUUCCUGCGGGCUGAGCUUAAGGCUGCGUCAAAGGAACUCAACAACGCCUUGAGGAACAGCGAGGACAUGUGAAAGGAUGAUAAGAGGAGAAGGAUGCUGGCUUGCGGGUCCCCGCGGAGUGAUUGGUUGAUCUUUUGGACG